AUGAAGAGCACAUCACACAUCCACAGCUUCACCGAUCACAUAAUUAAAAUGUAAACCCCAGUGAGGUUUUCGAGUUGCAGAGGGGCUUUCGAGAUCAAACCUCAUGCAGACCCAUUCGCCAUUGCUCAAAACGAACCUCUUAGCAGCAGCAACACGUCCUGGUUUCCAUUACCUAGGGAGCUCAUCCAAGUGUUCCCUAAUUCUUCCAUGCAAAGGUCUACGAGCCGAGCAAGCAGUCAUUUCUGCGACCUUGAACUUGAAGUUGAUAUGAAAUGGGAAAGACUAGAAGAGGGCAAGGACGAAGAGAAGGAUGACGAACGUGAGCAAACACCAAAGCCGGCUCCUCGCAAGCAAGAAUCAAGGUUAUCAGUCAUUUUGCUUGACCAAGGGCAGUUCACUGUAUACAAGCUCUUUGUGGUCUGCUUGACGCUUAACAUCAUUGCCUUGGUGCUUGCUGCAACAGGACAUUUUCCAUAUGCUAGAAAUAGAGCUUCCCUUUUCUCCAUUGCCAACAUUCUUGCUUUGACACUCUGCAGAAGCGAGGCUUUUCUGAGACUAGUCUUUUGGCUUGCGGUCACAGUGCUGGGAAGGCCUUGGAUACCUCUUCCAAUCAAGACUGCAACUACAUCUAUCCUCCAAAAUCUUGGUGGGAUACACAGUAGCUGUGGGAUUUCUUCCGUUGUGUGGCUCGUAUAUGCCUUAGUUCCUACACUCAAAGAUGGAGAAAAUACUUACCCUGAGAUCAUCGGUGUCGCGGCUGCUAUUCUUUCCCUUCUCUGCCUCUCAUGUUUGGUUUGGGCCUUUAUCAUCCUGACAAUCUCUUAUGAUCCACUAACCAAAUCCUACUCAAAGGAACUUGGUUCAAGAUUGAUCAAACAGGAAUUCUGGUUCACAAUAGCCAUCACAAUCCUAAUUAUCAUCCCAUGGUUGACAGUAGGACGUGUUCCUGUCAAGGUCUCAGCUCCUUCAGGCCAUGCAUCCAUUAUCAAGUCCGAGGGAGGAAUAAAAUCCGGCCUACUAGGUAGGAUCAGUCCCUCCCCGUUUUCGGAAUGGCAUGCUUUUGGAAUCAUUUCCGACGGAAAAACCGAGCACAUGAUGCUUUCCGGAGCAGUUGGGGAUUUCACGAUCCUUGUCUCCAACCCACCGAACCAUUUGUGGGUUCGAACAGUGCACUUCGCUGGCUUGCCUUACCUGGUCAACAUGUAUGACAGGGUUUUGGUGGUGGCAACAGGGUCAGGGAUCUGCGUGUUUUUGUCAUUCCUGUGCAAAGAAAUCAAAGAAAUGGUCAGUGAACACCCUAAAGAGAAGGUGAUCGUCCACGACACAGCGGUUUUAGAUCGUCCAAACGUGUCGCAGAUGAGUGUUGAUGCAGCGAAGAGAUGGGUAGCUGAAGUGGUCAUUGUUACAAGCAAUCAAGGACGCAGAGAUGUUGUCAACGCUUGCAAGGCCGCUGGAAUUCCAGCCUCUGGUCCCAUUUGGGACUCGUAA